CCAAAAUAUUGUAUACACAGAGAAAACCACCCCCAACAAGCAUUCACCAUGGUCAUCGACGAUAAGCAUCAGCUUCCGUCCCACAUGCAGCCCGUUCCGGGAUCCGUCAACAUCCCGAUUGCCAAAUUCCCCGCAACAGCAGGGCCAGCCGAGUCCGGCAUCGGGGAGCUGGCAGAAACGAUCAUCACACGAUUCAACAAGGGUCUAGCCAGCCGUGAUUCAGCCGCCUUGUCGUCUCUCUUCGCUGCAGAUGGGUUCUGGAGAGAUCACCUGGCCCUCUCGUGGGCGUUCCGAACUGUCAGUGGGCGCCAAGGCGUGCAAGACUAUUUGCAGAGCUCAUUUGCCACCGAGAAAGGCCCGGUUCUGAAAUCCAUUACCCUUGAUACGACGUCCCCAGCUCGUGUGCCUCAAAGUGGAUUUUUGGACGCAGGUGCAGAGGUGCCAAUUCUCGUCUUUAGUUUCACCCUUGAAUCUACCGUCGGCGCUGGAAAGGGCGUGGCUCGUCUCAUCCAAGAUUCCCCGGGUACUUGGUCCAUCUUCACUCUCUACACUGCUCUUCAGCAGCUCCAUGGCCACGAAGAAAACAUUUUCCAUCGUCGACCGCAGGGCGUGCAGCAUGGCGGCAUGCCUGGAAGGAAAAAUUGGGCUGAGGGCAGACAAGCGGACGCGGAGUACGAAGAUGGGAGCAAUCCUGUUGUGUUGAUCCUAGGUGCUGGACAAGCCGGCCUUACCAUCGCAGCUCGACUGAAAGCGCUUGGUGUGAACGCGUUGAUCAUCGACAAAUGCCAGCGGGUCGGAGAUAACUGGAGAAAGCGGUACCAUCAACUUGUUCUCCACGACCCAGUAUGGUUUGAUCAUCUUCCCUACCUCAAAUUCCCUCCACAGUGGCCCAUCUUUACACCCAAAGAUAAGCUGGCAGACUUUUUCGAGGCGUACGCUACUCUCCUGGAGCUCAACGUGUGGACUGGAGCGGACAUUGACACAAGCAAAUGGAACCCUGAAGCAAAGAAUUGGACAGUUACUGUCAAGCGGCGGCUUGAUUCCGGUGUCGAGACCAGAACCCUUCAUCCACGGCACAUCAUUCAAGCCACUGGGCAUUCGGGAAAAAUGCAUAUGCCCGAUAUUAAAGGGCUUGACGAUUUCCAAGGCGACCGAAUCUGCCACUCUUCGGAGUUUGGUGGCGCCAAACAUAACAGCAAGGGCAAGAGAGCUGUUGUUGUUGGUUGCUGCAACUCUGCGCACGAUAUUGCGCAGGAUUUCCUUGAGAAUGGAUAUCAUGUAACCAUGGUACAACGAUCUACUACCUGCGUGAUUACGUCCAAGUCCAUUACGGACGGGCUAAAGCCCCUAUACGCAGAGGGUGGACCAGAGGUUGAUGACGCGGACCUUCUAUUUCAUAGCCUUCCUGUCCCGGUCUUGAAGGCUGUGCAAGUCGGUGUCACCGCCCUACAAAACCAAUGGGAUGACAACAUUCUCCGGCGCCUUGAGGAGGUUGGCUUCAAGGUUGACAAUGGCCCCGAUGAUGCUGGUCUGUUUAUCAAGUACAUGCAACGUGGGGGAGGCUAUUACAUCGAUGUCGGUGCAUCUCAACUCAUCGCCGACGGAAAGAUCAAGAUCAAGCAGGGACAAGAACUUGAAGAGAUUCUUCCGCGAGGAUUGAAGUUUGCUGACGGCUCGGAACUCGAAGCCGACGAAAUUGUCUUCGCAACAGGGUACGGCAACAUGCGUACCCAGACCCGGCAGAUCUUCGGAGACGAGGUGGCCGACUCGGUUGGUGAUGUUUGGGGUUACAACGCAGAGGGCGAGACGAGGACCAUUUGGCAGCGUACAGGCCACCCUGGCUUCUGGUUUCAUGGAGGGAAUCUGGCCCUGUGUCGUUACUACUCGAGACUACUUGCUUUGCAAAUCAAAGCUCUGGAGGAGGGCAUUUGUAACUAGGGCGAUGCUUCAUCUUCAUCUGCAUAAGUAUCAUGGGAGAUGGAAUAAACAAAUCUGAGGCAAAUGGCAUCAGCCCGCCGUAGCCGCCGUAGCUGAUGAUGCAGUCCAAUAAUUUACAUCGCAC